AUGGGGGAAGAGAAGGAAGGUGGAGAAAGUCGGCCAAUUGUACCCUCAUCGACAUUUCUCCCAACUUCUAUGGCACCACCCCGUGCUGCCGUGCACCGGCUCGACUUCACAAGGCUGACACCCAGCACACAGAACGACGACGAGUUUUGCGUGAACAUCAUAUUCAUCCAUGGCUUGCGAGGCCAUCCUCGACGAACGUGGGAAGGAGUUGCAACCCCAAGUAAUGUCGGCAACGAUGCUACCAAGAAGUCCAAAAGUCUCCCGAUACGAUCUUUUUUCCAACGGCGAUCGGCCAAGUCUCAUGUACCAGAAUUAUCACAGAUGCAAGAUUCUCCCUCAAUCUCCGCUCCAUCAUCGCCAUGUCGCAUCUUCUGGCCAGAAGAGUAUCUCGUACCAGACAUCCCUCAGGCCUGCGUGUGGACGUACGGAUACAAUGCAGACGUUAUUGGCGGUCUGUUCAAAGCCAACAACAAGAAUAGCAUCUCACAGCAUGGUCAAGAUUUGUCUGUUAGGCUGGAGCGAGAGAUUUGCAACGAGAAACCUCUCGUAUUCGUAGUGCAUAGUCUUGGUGGAAUCAUACUUAAAGAUGCCAUCCGCCGAUCGGAGACCACGCAAGAGCGGACAAGAUUCAUCGUCUUUCUCGGAACGCCGCAUCGGGGCAGCGAGUAUGCAGGCUGGGGUCAGAUUGCAUCGAAUCUUGCUCGUGUAGCGAUGCAAGACUCAAACAAGAAGAUUCUUGAGACACUGGAAGUGAACAACGAAGUUUUGGAUAAUAUCCACGAAGAGUUCAAGCAGAUCGCGUCCAAAGGCAAAUUCAAGGUUCAUUCCUUCCAGGAAGCACGAGGCGUCACAGGCGUGAGUGGAUUGGAAGGAAAGGUGGUGGACAACUUCUCUUCUAAGCUCGACCUUCCGCGAGAAUUUGAGACUGUCGAGAGCAUCGACGCGAACCACAUGCAAAUGGCUAGGUGCAUAAGUAGAGAUGACCAGGUAUACCGCGCCGUCUCUGGUGUUUUGAAAGCAUAUGUAAAACAGGAACUGAAGAACCAACAGACGCCUUCCAUCUCUGAAGGCGCUGCUCUGGGACUGGCAGAUGCUGCUUCAAGCAAAGCUUUGUUCAUGCUCCCUUUUUCGCAAGAUGAUUUCUUCAUCGGACGAGAAGACGAAAUCAGCGAGAUAAAAAAGCGCAGAAAAGCUACACCUUCGCACACGCGCGUAGCCCUCGUUGGUCUUGGGGGUGUGGGAAAAUCACAAAUCGCAAUUGAGUAUGCAUAUCGAACCCACAAGGAAACACCCCACAUGAUGGUCAUCUGGAUACACGCGAGUAGUUCCGAAAAGUUCCAACAGGGAUACAAAAAAAUUGCUAAAAAGCUUCAUUUGCCUGGAUGGGACGAUCCCAAGACAGAUGUGCUACAGCUUGUACAUGAGUGGUUGUUGGACAGUCAAAAUGGGCAAUGGCUGAUGAUAUUGGAUAACGUUGACGAAACUGACAUUUUCUUCAGCAGUGAUCAGGAAGGUGGUUCGCUUGCGAGCUAUCUUCCACAGACGACCCACGGGACAAUCCUGAUCACGUCAAGAAACCAUAUUGCAGCAACCAAUCUUGUGGGCGGACAUGGCGGUACCAUCAAGGUAAAGCCGAUGAGCGAAGAAGACGCAGUGGCACUACUUCACACCAAGGUUUCAUCUACAAAUUCAGAUCCAGCAGAUGCCAAGGCGCUCGUUCAUGACCUGGAGUACAUUCCGCUAGCCAUCACACAUGCUGCAGCAUAUAUCCAAGAACUAGGAGAAGAGUUUACGAUAGGCGAUUAUCUAAAUCUAUUUCGCGAAAGCGAUACCAAUCAGAUGCACUUGCUUAGCAAAGACGAGUGGAAGGACAUUCGGCGCGAUCCAAGCAUACGGCAUGCAGUGAUAGCAACAUGGCAGAUCUCGUUUGAGCACAUUCGAAAGACGAAGCGAUCGGCAGCGGACCUACUUGCACUUAUGAGCAUGUACCACAAGCAAGGUAUCCCACAGAAAUUAGUGCAAGGUACGACUAGCGAACUGGAAUUCAACGAUGCUCUGGCACCACUACUCGGUUUCUCUUUCGUAAAGGUUGAGGUUGGGCAGCAGGCAGUUACGAUGCAUCGCUUGGUCCAGCUGUCGAUGAGAAAAUGGUUAGAGAAGGAGAAGGAGAUUGAUAAGUGGGUUGAAGAGUCGACACGAGCUAUGCAUAUGGUUUUUCCAAGUGGGGAGUACGGGACGUGGGAGGAGUGUCGAGUGCUGCUGCCGCACUUGACAGAAACUACAAGCUAUGCCACGACAGAUAAAGACGUGUUGGAAAUGCGGGAAACAGUUUUGUUGAGGGCUGCGAGAUACUAUUUUCUAAUGGGGAAUAACGGAAUUGCAGAAGAACUAUGCAAAUCGACAUUGGAGAUCGCAGAGAAUGUAUAUGGGCUGUUANAGCAUCAGGGAAAGCUAGAAGAGGCAGAAGAAAUGCAUCGGGAAGCGCUGCAAGGAUAUGAGAAGAUAUUUGGGCUGUUAGAUAAACGAGGAAAGCUAGAAGAGGCAGAAGAGAUGCAUCGGGAAGCGCUGCAAGGACAUGAGAAAAUAUUAGGGCGUGAGCACCCAGAUGUAUUCUCCAGCCUAUACAGUCUAGCCGUCUGUAUUCACAGGCAGAAGCGCUACUCUGAUGCGCUUGUGUUAUACCAACGAGCGCACGAUGGGUUUUUAAGGGGAUUUGGAGCACAGCACCGGGAUACAAAGCGCUGUUCAUAUGGUCUUGAGCUUGCUCAAAGGGGCGUAGAUCUUCCUCCCGAGUUUUAG